GCCCCCGCCAUGAAGCUCGUCAUCCUGGAGACGUACGCGCAGGCCAGCGAGUGGGCCGCCAAGUACAUCCGCAACCGCAUCGUCCACUUCGGGCCUGGUCCCGGGCGGUUUUUCACGCUGGGGCUGCCCACAGGCAGCACGCCGCUGGGCUGCUACAAGAAGCUGGUGGAGUACUGCCGGAACGGGGACCUCUCCUUCAAGUACGUGAAAACCUUCAACAUGGACGAGUACGUGGGUCUCCCGAGGGAUCACCCAGAAAGUUACCAUUCCUUCAUGUGGAAUAACUUCUUUAAGCAUAUUGACAUCUCGCCAGAAAAUGUUCACAUUUUGGAUGGAAAUGCACCUGAUCUACAGGCAGAGUGCAACGCGUUUGAGGAUAAAAUCAAAGCAGCUGGAGGAAUUGAACUCUUUGUUGGAGGUAUUGGCCCAGAUGGUCACAUUGCCUUCAACGAGCCUGGAUCGAGUUUGGUAUCCAGGACACGCGUGAAGACCUUGGCUAUGGACACUAUAUUGGCUAAUGCCAGGUUCUUUGAUGGUGACCUCUCCAAAGUCCCCACUAUGGCUUUGACGGUUGGAGUAGGCACUGUCAUGGAUGCCAGAGAGGUGAUGAUUCUUAUCACAGGAGCCCACAAAGCCUUUGCUUUGUACAAAGCCAUUGAGGAAGGUGUCAACCACAUGUGGACAGUGUCUGCUUUCCAGCAACACCCCAACACUGUGUUUGUGUGCGAUGAGGAUGCCACGCUGGAACUCAAAGUGAAGACAGUGAAAUACUUUAAAGGUUUAAUGCUGGUUCACAACAAGCUUGUGGAACCCUUACACAGCAUGAAGGAGACAGAAGCAGAAAGAAGCCAGUCUAAGAAGCCAUACAGCGAUUAAUCUCGCUGUUCAGAGUGGUGCUGAACCAGCUUUUCUGUUGAAAACCAGCUGUGAAGAAAGGGAAUUGCUGCAGAAACUCAUAUUUGUUCUUAAAUUAGCAAAAUGAUUAUGUGCUUGCUUCUUAUUAUUAAAAAGAUGCCAAACACCUGCCUUAAUUAACCAAAUGAGGAUGGGAUCCAGUAUACUGCAAUUCCACAAACUUCUGCCACUAACUUACUCUCUAAAGACAAAGUCAAUGGAGAGCAAGUAGUUGAAUCUAUGAAGCAACUGUAAUGAGGACUGAAGGCCCCAAAACUUAAGCGUGAAGAUAUGUGAAAGUACAAUGCUGCAGAAACCAAAUGGGUAAUCACUUUGGGAUGUAUUCCUUGCAAUUAGGACAAGUACCUUGCGUCAUUCCCCUUCCACAAAACACUUACGUUACAGUCAUUUAAAAUGGGAGCUGAGCUUGUUCAGCCUGGAGAAGAGAAAGCUUCAGCAUGACCCAAUGGCAGCAUGUUUCACCACUACGAGGAGGUCAUCAGGAAGAUGAAGCCAGGCUCUCCUGGGCAGUGUGUGUGGUAGGAAGAUGAGAAGAGACAAUGGGGCUUGAGUUAAGACAAGAUGCUCAGACUGGAUCUAAGGAAAAGCCCUACCCCAGAGGACAGGCAAGCCGUGGGGCAGGUUGCCCAAUGAGGUUGUGCAGACUCUGUCCUCAAGAGGUUUUAAAGACCUGACUGGGUAAGCCCUGGUUGAGUCCUACUUCCAGCCAGAUGUGGGACUUGAGACCAUCUUGGCAAAAGCGAGGGUACAGACAGCAUUCAUCAGUGCUGCGUUAACAAUGCAAUGCAGUUAAUGGUUAGUUUGCACAUCUAUAAGAUUUUAUUUGUUGUCACGCAAGAAGUCUUACAUGUUCAGUUUCAGGGUAUGAUUUUAUAUGCCCUGGUGCUUUACGAUGUACUGCAGGAGCGUAGAUUUUUUCAGAUUAAGCAUAAAUGGCUUCUCUCUGUGCUGCUCAGCACUCCGUUAUCUGUGUCAGUGCGGAGCCUGGAGCCAUCAGUUCUCUCUCCCUCCUUCCCAUGCUUUACAUUGCUACAAGGAAAUGCCAAAUAAGAAACAUGCUGUUCCCUCUGACCUCAGGUGGACAACAGCCUGCACUGGCAAGACGCCACCAAUUCUGCAUCUUGAUUCCU